CAUGUCUACUGCAUCUCACCCCGACGGCCGAGAACUCGCCUCUAGAUCCCGCCUCAUGGAUAGAACGCAGCUUGUAUACCGGAGGGAGCUGAGUCCUAAUGAACUGUCCUACUUCCUGCAGAGUCGAGCCACUGGACUCAACGAUGUCUUCACUAGCAUCGCUUUCCGUGCACAUCCACAUUGAUGUCGCCCGUGCGCCUCUCGAUCGUCUGGGCUAUCAUGCGUCAACGGCACUCGCUUCUCGCCUGCUCAGUGGAAAUGCCUCGUGGAAACUAUGACGAUGCCCACUUCGUGUAUAUGCCUCCGCCAACGCACGUCACUGCGAUCGAACAAGCGUCCCAAACGAUAUUUCUCCACGAUAAAAAGCUAGGGCAUGAGCUCAUGGACGACUGCCUCAAUGGGCCCAGACUUUUGUCCUUGUCGCGUUUGUCCAGACUGGAUAUCACGCGUCAGUCCGUCGGCAGAGGGAGCUCUUUGAGUAUCACCUCUUCCUCAGCUCGCACCACAUGAUAGGCGGUGCGAUCCCUGUGUUUCAGCUCAUCAACGACAUGUUUGAGCUGCUGGCCGUGCAGACCGAUGCUGAACUGGAGAGUCUCUUACGUCGGGAGUGGAUUGAUCGAUGGGGUCAUGUGGCACCGAAGGAAGCAAUCAUGCCCUCGACAGAGACUCUGCUGUCUGUAUCAAAGGCUUCAAGACUCCGUCGCCAUGCGCUGAGAGUUGAUCAUGACAAUGUGCAGAGACGAUAUGUGGGAGGCCACGUUUUCCCUCGGGCGCCGCAGGCAAAGACGCCACCGAAACCCGCGCAACGGACGCAGACUCGACAGUUGCAGGCUAAAUUCAGCCGCGAGCAGACGAUCGCCAUCCGUGCAGCAUGCAAGGCUCACGGGGUGUCCAUCGGGAACGCCUUCUUUGCGCUGUGCAACAUUGCCUGGCUUCGACUCAUGGCCGCUCAUCCGGAAUACCGACAAUGCGCGCCGAAGGAGUUGCCGAUGCUGCUCUACUCUGUUGUCAACCUGGAACACAUCCUCCCGCCUUGUCGGGCCCUUGCUACAUCCGAAAUGCGGGCCGAACGUGCCAAGGGCUGGGCUCGGUUCGACGAUGCGAUCGCGCAGGGAUCGAAAGCCCCCCCACCUGCAUCCCCAGCGACGGGGGCCGGCGCGCCUUCACUCGCCCUGAUGGGGCUCUCGCAGCAAGGAUCGGUCGACGCGCUGUUCCGCACUGAACGGUAUCCGGCGAUUGAAUUGCUGGAUCUGAUGGCCAAUCUUCUCAAACGAAACACGGCCAAAGUCGACCUGGAUUCCAUGGUCGAUUCGAUCAUCGACCGUCUCGUUGAAGGUGCUUGGAUGUUCAAAAUUGAAUUUGUGCGGCGAGAGUCUGCGGCCCGUGAUGAUGAUGCUGCUGCUGCUGCAACUGUGAGAUGCCUCCGGGACAACUCGCCUCGCUGCUCUGCCUUUAGCCUACAUACAACCAAUAUUCAUUGUACUUUUGUAUCAUUUUAUAGUCCGGAACCACCGGCCGGGAAGAAUGGUCAACCUGACAGAGAAGAAAUCCAAUACCUCUGCAAACGGGCUCGGGAAAUCUUCAUGGAGCAGCCGAUGCUGCUCGAGCUCGAGGCUCCGAUCAAAUAUGCGGUGCGUCCCGCCAAGCCAAACCGCCGGAACCCACCGAUCUUGACUUGAUUUCACUGACACGAUCCCCUGCAAACAGGUGACACACACGGGCAAUACUUCGACCUCCUGCGGUUGUUCGAGUACGGCGGGUUCCCUCCUGACGCGAACUACCUCUUCCUCGGCGACUACGUGGAUCGAGGCAAACGUCGAUCGAGACGAUAUGCUUGCUGUUCGCAUACAAGAUCAAGUACCCAGAAAACUUCUUUCUCCUGCGCGGGACCAUGAAACCGCAUC